GUGGAAGCCAUGCAAUCUUCGCGAGAGCUGGAAAAUACAUCCUUUACGUUCGAGCCAGAAUGGGAAGAAAGGGAGUCCUCUCGUCUCGGGUCACCCGGUAAUCGUCUACUUUGAAUGAAAACAAGUUCUUUUUUCUUUGUACUCUGUUGCUCUUCACUGUUGAAAAAACGUAGCGUCAACAAAGCCCACUUUGUGGAGUCAGUUACAUCCUAGUUUAGAGAGUUAUCAUGAUGUAGAAUCAACUCAUCUCCUAGACUACCUAGGCUGAAACCAGAUCAAGUACAACUAGGCAUAAGUUCGUCAACAUCAACAUCAUUUUCACGUCAGAUCAUCAAAUCUAUUUUUAUAAAGAGAAGGUUCACGACUGCCACUUGAUGUCGUGAUGGAAAUCUAACUGAUGCUGAACGUGUUCACAUACUACAACAGAAUUUUCAUUAAAUAUUUGCGUGCUACGAGUAGAAAUUGCUGCUGAUGCGAAGGCUUCCACUUCUUGAUUGUCGUCAUAAGCGCAGUCUCCUUGCAGUUCUAAAAAUCAGGUACUGUUGAUGAUGAAUAAGUACAAGACGUACUUCUAACAUUUGGUCGUGAAAUAGGUGAAUUAUUCACAAUUAGGUUCAAAGGCGCACAAGCAUAAGGAUUCGGACGAAGAAGCAUCCGCAUCCACACACGACGUGAAGAUUAGUUUUUAUUAUGGCUAAUAUCAUAUAACCGCAAAUCACUACUAGAUUAAUAAAAAGUACAAGGAGUACUAGCAAUGUAGUUGUUCUUGUUGUAUAAUAGAACAUUUCGUAAGAAGGAUGUUGGAUUGGAUGGAUUGCAUGGCAUUGCAUGCAUUGCAUGAGCCGAGGGGGUCAGAGUGCGACCUUCUUAAGGGAGCGACACGGGAGCGAAGACGCAGGGCGCGGCAUAGGAAUACUUGGCUCCGUUGUACUGUAGGCGUACUUGAAUAGUGCUGGCACGUGCUAGCUAUUGUAAGUAGCUCGACUAGGCUAGCUUGCCUGUGAUCUCGACCGUCUUGCUCGCUGUUCCCUGGCGCACACAGGCCACGGCGUUUGCGCUGCUCCUUGCUUGUUUCUGGGGCGAGGUCACAGUGGGGCCGUGUUUGUGUUCGUGUAUCGUAAAGCAAUUCUUCGGCGGAGCAGCCCGGUAUUGCGGAGGAAGUAUGGCGCCCGAAGGGCGCCACGCAAAAUAUAUUGUUUUUUGGGUGGUCCAUCCAUGCAAUGCAUGCCAUCCAUGCCAUGCAAUCCAGAAGUUCGGAAAUUGCCUUAUAUUCUAGUAUAAUCAUCAUCUUCAAUUUACAGUAGUGAAAGGAAAUGAAACGCAGCAGGUUCAGGAAGAGCAUCUCUACUUAGUCGUAGUUUUUUUAGAACUUAUAAUACUGUCGUGAUUAUUGUUGGAUAAAGAAGAUGAAGAUUCCAUUUCUGCUAGAUAUUUCCUUGGUUUUGAACAAUUUGGUGAGUAGUUCGCAACGUGCUUCCAAUUAGCCUGCUCUGGCUUCAAAAGAUGGGUAGGUGGAAGUAGCAAUAGGAGUCUACUACUACUUUACGAUCUCGUCUAAUUCAACAUGGCACGUCGAGGAAAGGAUGUUGACGGCAGUCCUAAGUCUGGUGGUGCCUCAUCAGGAUUUGAUGAGGCAAAACCAAAGGAACAUCGAGCCCAAGUAGACCUAGCCCUACAACAGCUGUUGCACGAGGAACACCACGAGGAUGAAAAUAAAGAGCAGCACCGGCAGAACAAGAAGAAGAAACGACACCACGACCAUCACGAGGACCUCGAUGAUAAAAAUCAUGGUAAGAAGAAGAAGAGCGUCACAAUCGUAGAGGAGCAUAAAGAUAAAGCACAGGAUGAGGAUUUCUUGUCUGCUGGUGGAGCAGAUCAACCUGGGCCUCAUGAUCGGGAGACCUUCAGCGACAUUCGCCUGCCUUCGGACGUUCAAAAUGUCUUAGGAAGAGAUGACUCCUACUUCGACGACGAGCACGAGCUUCUUCAUGUAGAUGGUGGAGCGAAGUCCUCGAAGUCGAAAUCGCAGUCCACAACCUCCAGCGCCUCCACCUCUGGUCCGAAGCCGAAUGCGAAUCCUCCAGAAUCUGAAGAAAAGACGAAGAAGAAGAAGAAAAGAGCGAAAAUGGCCGCGGGAGACCAUGAAGAUCGUGGACGAGAUGUUGAUGGAGGUUCUCGUGUAGGAGGAGGCACCAUUCCUGAAGUUGAUGCGGCCUACAACAAUGUUGUGGGGCAGGGAGCGCCAAACUCCCAAUUUCUGCAGCAGAAUGUCGGCAGUGCCUUCUUGGAUCCGUCUUCGAACUUCACGGGCACACAACUGCUACAAACGAGCGACUUCAUGGAGUUUGUUAAGGCAGCUUCCCAUAAUCAAUCUUCACGAGCAGCUUCCGUUCCUGCGAGAUUUUUCAAGUAGAUGAAAUAGAACGCUCCAGGAUGUCUUUGAUGCUCGAAAUGGAUUUACAACUAGGGAACGAGUUUAGGUCUAAGUGUGAGCUAGGGCGCCCAGCGGGAGCCGACCUCAGCGGUAGCGCUCUGGUGCGGU